UCGUGUGGGAGAAUCCAUCUUAAAGAGAGCUCUACGGCGGUGUGACCAGUAAGCAGGUUUUCCUACUUCUUUACCCUUGGUUUUUUUUCAUUAUAUUGUCAAGUAUAAUAGUGCAAAAUGUCUGAGACCGAGCAGCAGUAUAUGGAAACAUCGGAAAACGGCCACGAAGUCGACGAUGAUUUUAACGGAGCCGGCCACACCGAGGAGGCGACCGACGACAGCGCCGUGAAUGACUGCGGAGAAGGCGCGGGGCCCGAGGCGGACGAGAGCUCGCAAAACGGCGGCGGAACGGAGGGCGGCCAGAUCGACGCGAGCAAAGGCGAGGAGGAUGCGGGGAAAAUGUUUGUCGGUGGUCUCAGCUGGGACACAAGCAAGAAGGAUCUCAAAGAUUACUUCUCUAAGUUUGGUGAGGUGACAGACUGCACCAUAAAGAUGGACCAGCAGACGGGCCGGUCAAGAGGCUUCGGAUUUAUUCUCUUCAAAGAUGCAGCCAGUGUAGAUAAGGUUCUUGAACAGAAGGAGCACAGGCUAGAUGGGCGACAGAUCGACCCCAAAAAGGCCAUGGCCAUGAAGAAGGAUCCAGUCAAGAAAAUCUUUGUGGGAGGCCUUAACCCAGACACUUCCAAGGAAGUCAUUCAGGAAUACUUUGGAACCUUUGGAGAGAUUGAGACAAUUGAGCUUCCUCAAGAUCCAAAGACGGAAAAGAGGAGGGGUUUCGUAUUUAUCACGUAUAAAGAUGAGGCUCCUGUCAAGAAGGUUAUGGAGAAAAAAUACCACAAUGUCGGUGGAAGCAAGUGUGAAAUCAAAAUAGCCCAGCCCAAAGAGGUCUACCAGCAGCAGCAGUAUGGUGCCCGUGGAUAUGGAGGACGCGGCAGGGGCCGUGGAGGCCAGGGCCAGAACUGGAAUCAAGGCUACAACAACUACUGGAACCAGGGAUACAACCAGAACUAUGGCUACGGACAGCAAAGCUACGGAUAUAGCGGCUACGGCAACUAUGACUACCCUGCUGGUUAUUACGGCUAUGGGGGUGGCUACGAUUACAACCAGGGCAAUACAAGCUAUGGGAAAACUCCAAGACGUGGAGGCCACCAGAGUAGCUACAAGCCAUACUGAUCACACGUAGUGCAGGUCUAAAGUAAAUAAGAAAAAGAGAUCCAUGGUCUGACCACAGCGAACAUGGGCUCUGGCUUUUCCUUUGGAGUUGGCAGAAAUUUGGACUCAUGCUCCAUUUGUACAGAUCAAGUGAGGAACUGGGGAAGCAAAUGUCACUUUUCCACUUUUUAUUUUAUAUUGUUUUGUGUCCAUUUACAUUUCCAGUGAUGGAAGUGUUAUUUUUACUGUACUUUUUGGUACCUUUUUGAAUCUAAUGUAUUGUAUGGUUGUAUUUUUACAUGUCUACUGGAUUUACAGACGAGCAGGAGCAAGAGCUUUUAAAGCUCACGAAUAAAACAAUUUUGCUUUUU